AGCUCUAAUUUUAGUUAUUUCAUGCUCCAUAUCGUUUUUGUUUACCGUACUUACAAUUUUAUUUUCCUUACCAUUUAGUUUGCAGGAUCAGCAAAUAUUGUCUAAAGAUCAUACAGAUAACAAAAAAUAACUGAAGGUUUGGCAAGCAAAUUCAGGAGUAAAUAGUUAUAAGAAAGAAAUGACAGAAGGCAUAGAGGUCCAUGAUGAAGAAAAAUAUGAAGGGAUGAGUAGUGAGGAAAUAUCUGCAGACUAUUCGCAGAAGUGUUCAUCCUUUGACUUGAAUGAAGAAGCAAACAGUAAUGACGAGGAUCAUGGCAUUUCCAAGGUCAACGAAGACGACGAGGAGAGAACGGAGGGGAGUUCCAGCAAUAACAAUAUUAGUGAGGGAAGAGGUGAGCGAAAGGCAGUCAGGCAGUAUGUAAGGUCAAAAUUGCCUCGUCUCCGGUGGACUCCUGACCUUCAUCUCUCUUUUGUUCAUGCUGUUGAAAGACUUGGUGGCCAAGAGAAAGCAACUCCAAAGUUAGUUCUUCAGUUAAUGAAUGUGAGGGGACUUAGUAUUGCACAUGUAAAGAGUCACUUGCAGAUGUAUAGAAGUAAGAAGCUUGAUGAGGCUGGACAAGUACUAGGCCAACAUUAUAGAUCGUUCCGAGGAAGAGAUGGUAUUCGAAGCAUAUUGCACCAAUUUUCCUCGAGCCCUCAUAGACACUUCAAAAUGGAGAGCGGUGGAAUUGUUCUAACAAGAGAAUCCCAAUAUCAAUCUCCCUUCUCCCACAGAUCAUUAGAUUUCAAAUCUGGUUAUGGCUUCUUCAACUCAACUAGCUCUCACAUUCAAGGGACUCAGCCAAACCAAAUUCAUCCAAUGGACACAGCAAUGCGAAUUGGCCCCAUGAGACCUCCCCGGUUUUUUGAGGAGAAGAAGUGGCCACCAUUGGAAAUGAUUAACAAUAGAUGGAGAUUCAACGGGAAUGUGACCAAGGAAACCUUUACAAUUCCAAGCUCAAAUGAAGCAAAUCUUGGAAACAACAAAAUGGUGAGGCAAUUCCUUUCCGAUACACACGACUCCUUGCACAAAUUUAGUAGCUUUAAGCAAGACUUUGAGACCCCCUUAUGGUUUGAGUUGAAGCAGGAUAGAGCGCAGAAGAGCAACGAAUGGUUACCUGACCUACAACUAAGACUGUGCCAAGGAGUUGGCGUUGAAGAUGAUGAGAAGACACAAUGUAAAGGUGCAAAGGAAAUCAUUAGUACUAAGCUCUCUCUUUCUUAGACCCAACUUACAAAACAAAAAAAAAAAAAAAAGAAAGAAAAAGGGGGAAUUUGUAAGAACUGCGACAUAUGCAUAUAUAGGUUGGCAACACACAUGGCCUAAUGAGGUUGAGUACUCUUAAGGAUCUGACUAUAUGUACUAAUGAACACAGUGGGAAGUGAGAUCUUUCUAGCACUUAAUUUGUCCUUGAGCAUUGAAGGUAUUACUUAACAACUCAGGAACUGCUCUUACAAUUAAUCUAGAGGAUGCUUUCCAUCCACCAACAUGUUAACAGUAUUAAAGGGGAAUUGGCUAA